AUGCGGGGCUGCGGCGGGCGCCGCGCCCUGCUGGCCCUGCUGGCCCUGCUCCUGCCCGCCGCCGCCGCCGGGCCCGGGCCCGCCGCCGGCCCCGCCACCGGCCCCGGCCCCGCCGCGGCGGGGGAGAGCCCCGGCAAUUUCAUGGAGGACGAGCAGUGGCUCUCCUCCAUCUCCCAGUACGGCGGCAGGAUCAAGCACUGGAACCGCUUCCGAGACGAGGUGGAGGACGACUACAUCAAGAGCUGGGAGGACAACCAGCCGGGGGAUGAAGCCCUGGACACCACCAAGGACCCCUGCCAGAAGGUGAAGUGCAGCCGGCACAAGGUGUGCGUGGCGCAGGGCUACCAGCGCGCCAUGUGCAUCAGCCGCAAGAAGCUGGAGCACAGGAUCAAGCCGCUGGGCACCAAGGGGCACGGGGGCUGCAAGCCCUGCCACACCGCCCCACUCGCCGCCGUCUGCGGCUCCGACGGCCACACCUACAGCUCAGCGUGCAAGCUGGAGCAGCAGGCGUGCCUGGCCAGCAAGCAGCUGACGGUGCGGUGCGAGGGGCAGUGCCCCUGCCCGACCCCGCACGGUCCCACCGGUGACAGCAAGCAAGAGCCGUGCACCGGGCAGGACCUGGCCGAUCUGGGUGACCGCCUGCGCGACUGGUUCCAGCUCCUGCGGGAGAACGCCAAGCAGAACGGCUCCGGUGGCCUCCCCGCCAGCCCCGCCACCGCGCUGGAGAGGAGCGUGGCGGCCAGCUGCAAGGAGGCGGUGGGGUGGAUGUUCGCCCGGCUGGACACGAGCGGGGAUCUCUUCCUGGAGACGGCCGAGCUGGCCGCCAUCAACCUGGACAAGUACGAGGUGUGCAUCCGCGCCUUCUUCAACUCCUGCGACACCUCCAAGGACGGCCGCGUCUCCGCGCCCGAGUGGUGCUUCUGCUUCUGGAGGGAAAAGCCGCCCUGUCUCAGGGAGCUGGAGAAGAUCCAGAUCCAAGAAGCAGCCAAAAAAAAGCCGGGCACCUUCAUCCCCAGCUGCGAUGAGGACGGGUACUACCGGCGGGCGCAGUGUGAGCCGGGCGGCGGGGAGUGCUGGUGCGUGGACCAGCACGGCGUCGAGCUGACGGGCACCCGUGGCCGUGGCAGCCCUGACUGCGAGGAGGCGGCGGGGUUUUCGGGUGACUUCGGGAGCAGCGUGGGCUGGGAGGACGAGGAGGAGAAGGAACCGGAGGAGGCAGGCGAGGAAGGCGAGGAAGAGGAGGGCGAAGCAGGCGAGGGUGACGACGGCGGCUACAUCUGGUAG